GAAGUUCAGCCCAGCGGAGAGAGCAGCGACUGCUCCUUUAAGUUUUUAUUCUGGAUUUAGGGGUCUCUGACUACAGUUUAGCAACACUGCAGAACCCACUACAUAAAUACCAUGUCUGAUGAGAGUGUGUUCGAUUCGAAAGGUGGCCUCAGCCUCCCAGUACUACCAUCAAACAUGGGACGAGACAUCAGGCUGUUUUCCUCUGGAGAUGAAGACAGUGGUCUGUAUUUUACCUACAGCGGAGGUUGUAAUGAACUAGAAGUCAGGAAUCUGCACUAUCAGGUGGAUACAGCAGCACAAAUCCCCUGGUAUGAGAGGCUGUCAGAGCUUAAGAUGCCGUGGGAGAUGCGUGGUAACAAGCAGACUGCCAUCAAAGACCUGAACCUUCGAGUCCACAGUGGCCAGAUGCUGGCAGUCAUUGGCAGCUCAGGUUGUGGAAAGACCUCCCUGCUGGACAUUAUAACAUGUCGUGAUGAAGGAGGAAACAAGACAUCAGGAGAGAUAUUGAUUAACGGCAAGCCCAGCACACCCUCAAUUGUAAAGAAAAGCAUUGCUCAUGUCCGACAGGAUGACCGUUUGUUACCUCACCUAACUGUAAGGGAGACUCUUACCUUUGUGGCUAAGCUACGUCUGCCAACACAUUUCUCCCAAGCACAGAGGGAUCAAAGGGUGGAUGACGUCAUUGCUGAGCUGCGUUUGAGACAGUGUGCUAACACACGAGUAGGAAAUAACUAUAUUCGGGGUGUAUCUGGAGGGGAGAGAAGGAGGGUCAGCAUCGCCGUUCAGCUUCUGUGGAACCCAGGAAUUCUUAUUCUUGAUGAGCCAACUUCAGGUCUAGACAGCUUUACUGCUCACAACCUGGUCAUCACACUGUCCCGUCUGGCUCAAGGUAACCGCCUGGUCCUGCUCUCAGUCCACCAGCCACGUUCUGACAUCUUUCAGCUCUUCGACCUGGUCGUGCUGCUCUCGUCCGGUUCAGCCGUGUACUGCGGACCAGCCAAAGAUAUGGUGCAGUACUUUACUUCACUUGGAUAUCCAUGCCCACGCUACUGCAAUCCCUCUGAUUUUUACGUGGACUUGAUCAGCAUUGACCGGCGCAGCCCAGAGAAAGCAGCUGAGUGCCUGGAGAGGGCCAGAGUCCUGGCAGCCCAGUUUACAGAGAAGGUGAAAGACACUGCUGACUUCAUGUGGAAGUCAGAGGAGCAUGAUGCUCCAGCACUGGAAAAUUCACAAAGUAAUUCUUCCACAAAGAAAGACAAACCAAGCAUCACUGUGUCUAAAAAGAAGGACCAUCUACCUGGCCGACUGCACCAGUUCUCAAUACUAAUUAAGAGGCAGGUGUAUAAUGAUUUUCGGAACCUGGUGAUGAUUGUAGUGCACGGCCUGGAGGCCCUGCUAAUGUCACUGCUUGUCGGUUUCCUUUACUUUGGGGCUGGUGAAGAGAGGUUGUCCAUGCAGGACACGGUGUCUCUGCUCUAUAUGAUGGGAGCUCUCACACCUUUUGCUGUGGUGCUGGAUGUUAUCGCCAAGUGUCACUCAGAGAGAGCCAUGCUGUAUCAUGAGCUGGAGGAUGGAAUGUACUCGGUCACCCCCUAUUUUUUUGCCAAGGUCCUGGGUGAGUUACCAGAGCACUGCGUGUUCACACUGGUGUACGGCUUACCUAUCUAUUGGCUGGCCGGCCUGAACAGCGCACCAGACCGCUUUCUUCUCAACUUCCUGCUUGUGUGGCUGAUGGUGUACUGCAGCCGCUCCAUGGCUCUGUUUGUGGCGGCCGCGCUGCCCACCCUCCAAACCUCUGCCUUCAUGGGAAACUCAGUCUUCACUGUGUUCUACCUUACCGGUGGCUUUGUCAUCAGUCUGGAUAACAUGUGGCUGGUGGCAUCCUGGUUCUCGCAUAUUUCUUUCAUGCGCUGGGGUUUCGAUGGGAUGCUGCAGGUUCAGUUUCGUGGCCUCACUUAUUCAGUCAGCCUGGGUAACCUGACCCUUAAUGUCGAUGGCAUUAAAGUGGCGGAAGCGAUGCAUAUGAACCAGUUUCCACUGUACUCUUGCUAUCUAGUGCUGAUUGCUGUAGUGCUGGUCUUUAUGUUGCUCUACUACCUGUGCCUCAAAUACAUCAAGCAGAAGUCCAGUCAGGACUGGUGAAGAAAAAUCUAACCAACAAAUCUCCUGGACAGUAAAACACACACCCGAAUGCUGGCUUAGAGUCUUUUUAUUACCUGAGUGUUUUUAAGCAGCGCAUGGUGUAACCUUGUGGAGACGGUGCCACACAGCUCCACUGAGAGGUUUAGACUCUAGCUCUUGUUACUGUCUGUGUUUCCCUUAACAUACCAAAACAUGGCAGUAGUUAGAUUUGUGUACUGUAGUAGUGCUCGUAGGUGUGUGUAUAUGUGUAGAUAAAUAAGUGAAUAUUUGAUGACUUAUGGUAUCUUCCUGCAUAAAUCCAGUGUCAGGAUCUGGACACGCAGUGACCUUGACCAAAAGUAAAUAGUUUCUGAAGAAUGAUUAAAUGAUUGAUAUUUUGAGCCACAAUAACAUAGAGGUCACAUGGAAGAAACAUGCUGCAUACAUUGGCUUUUAAAGGUGGAUUAUUGCACUCUUUUUCCUACAAUGGGUAUGUAACAAUCUACAAGGAGGUUUGCAUGUUCUCUCCAUGUUCAUAUUGAAUGCAUCUGGUUUAGCUCACUUGCAAAUACACACAAAAGGUAGAUCGUCUGCUUUAUAUUUCCCUUGGUAUCAGAAAUGAGUGCAUAAUUGUGUGGUGGUCCGUGAUUAAUUGGCACCCUGCCCACAGUGUGUUUUUGGCUUGCGCCCAGGAUUUUCAGAUAGGCUCUAGACCAGUUGUGACCCUAAUGAGAAUGAAUCGAUUCAUGAAGAUGAAUGAAUAAAUAAUUUAAUAUGGAUGGCACAGCAUGUAGUAGGGGUGUCACGUAGCUCCAGGGUCCUAGGGAUCUAAGCUCAAUAUUUACCUGGGCAGUUUAUCAUGUUCACCCUGUCUGCAAGGGUUUCCUCUCAGCUCCCCAAAAACAGAGUUAAAUUGGCUACUUCAAACUGUCCCCAGGUGAGGGUGGGUAGGUAAACUCAGGUGAUCCUAGGUGUUUGCUAGUAGGCUGUAGACCCACAGUGGCUGUUAAAGCAGGAUAAAAGCAGAAUAAUUUAGCUGAUGUAUAUGCAUCCACAAAAAAAUUGUAGCCUAGUGGUUAAAGUACUGGACUAGUAAUUGAAAGGUCGCUGGUUCAAGCUCCACCACUACCAGGUUGCCACUGUUGGGCCCUUAAGCAGAGUCCUUAACCCUCAAUUGCUUAGACAGUCACAAAUUGUCACAGUACUGUUAGUUGCUUUGGAUAAAUAGCAUUUGGUAAAUGUAAUGUUUGUUUGUUUAUUAGGAUUUUAACGUCAUGUUUUACACUGUGGUUACAUUCAUGACAGGAACAGUAGUUACUCAUUACACAAGAUUCAUCAGUUCACAAGAUCAUAUCGAACACAGUCUUGGACAAUUUAGUAUCUUCAAUUCACCUCACUUGCAUGUCUUUCGACUGUGGGAGGAAACCGGAGCACCCGGAGGAAACCCACGCAGACACAGGGAGAACAUGCAAACUCCACACAGAAAGGACCCAGACCACCCCACCUGGGGAUCGAACCUGGGACCAUCUUGCUGUGAGGCGACAGUGCUACCCACUUAGCCACCGUGCCGCCCCUUACAUUAAAUUGAAAAGAAUAAUCAUACGUGAUGAGACGGGAAAAUUCAAUAGCCUAUUGGCAAAUGGGAGAUAUCUUGUGAUGUCUCGUAGAUCUAUUUUAAACUACCUAUAGCCUACACUGGGUCUUAGAGAAUGGACAAAUUUGAUUAGUCCAAUACAAAAGGGCAAAGAUCGUCGGGCAGUGACUACGAAAGAUUCACAAUCAGUUGUUGGUGCAAAUCUUGGAAGCUUCCACCACCAGUUCACCAAAACUAAACCCAUCAACAAAGACCAGAAAAUACCAAUAUAUUACAGAUUAUCUUGGGUUAAUCAAAUUUCUCAUGAGCAAAAGCACAAAAUCUUUUGUAAUCCUUGUUGAAAGUGUAAAAUAUAUAUAUAUAUAUAUAUAUAUAUAUAUAUAUAUAUAUAUAUAUAUAUAUAUAUAUAUAUAUAUUUAUAUAGAACCGUUUGAGAACCGUUAGGCUAACAGACUUCACCUGAGAACAUGCUACAUUAACUUGAUAUAUUAAUACAGGAAUUCUGCCCAUACAAAAUGAAAUGAGGAUGUGGCCAGGUCAGAAUUAUUAACCAUACAGAAUUGCAGCCCUCAUUAAAAAGUAUCUUUGACUUUUAGUUCCGUCGUCUAUAUCAAUUCGUUAUUAAAAGUGAGUGUGUAAGAGGAGCUUCCAGACCACUGGAUGGCAGCAAUGCACCAUGUAUUCCCACCAUCUUUUACUGCCAGCUUUCUUUUUAUUCUGAUAACGAUCGGGGCACUAGGGUGACCGAUAACUGUCUACAGCUUUUGCUAGCACGUUCUUUUGCACAGUUCAUUCUAUUUGUACACUGUAAUUAUUAAUCUGUGUGAGCCAGUAAAAGCACAUUCAACUAUUUAUCACAUGCUGCACUGUAAUUUAGAAUCCUAUUUGAAAGAGCUGAUCAUUUGAAGUUUUGCACUGGUGUACAAUUGUGAAACGUACAAAAAUGUCUGGAAAAAAACUGCAAAAUAGAAGAAAUUAGAGGAUUUAUUUGCUUAGCUCCUGUAGCUAUUCUAGUAGUUAUAUAAUACAUAUUAAUUAUAGUUAUAUAGAUAAUAUACAGCAUAGUAUUUAAUGCACAAAGAUAAAAUGAAUGUUGUUUUUAUUUUGGCAUGAUUACUUUUUUUUUUAAAACUGUCCAAAUAAAAUUGUUUAAAUUAA